GACUACCUCUGCCUGGCUUUAUUCAUGUUCUGAGGAGGGAGUGAGAAGGAGCCAUGGAUCCUGCAGCAUUGGUGGAAGCCAUCGUGGAAGAAGUGGCCUGUCCCAUCUGCAUGACCUUUCUCAGGGAGCCUGUGAGCAUCGACUGUGGUCACAGCUUCUGCCACGGCUGUCUCUCUGGACUCUGGGAGGUUCCAGGAGAAUCCCAGAACUGGGGUUACACCUGUCCCCUCUGCCGGGCUCCUGUCCAGCCAAGGAACCUGCGGCCUAAUUGGCAGCUGGCCAAUGUUGUAGAAAAAGUUCGUCUGCUAGGGCUGCAUCCAGGAAUGGGGCUGAAGGGUGAUGUGUGUGAGCUUCACAGGGAACAGCUAAAGAUGUUCUGCAAAGUGGAUGGCCUGAUCAUGUGUGAGGCCUGCAGCCAGUCCCCUGAGCAUGAGGACCACAGUGUUGUGCCUAUGGAGGAUGCCACCUGGGAGUAUAAGUGGAAACUCCACGAGGCUUUGGAGCAUCUGAAAAAAGAGCAAGAUGAGGCCUGGAAGCUGGAAGUUGGUGAGAGGAAGCGAACUGCCAGCUGGAAGAUCCAGGUAGAAACCCGAAAGCAGAGUAUCAUGUGGGAGUUUGAGAAAUAUCGGCGAUUAUUAAAGAAAAAACAGCCACCAGGUCGGCAACUGGAGGUAGAAGCAGCCGCAGCCCUCACCAGCCUAGAGCAAGAAGAGGGGGAGACCGUGCAAAAACUGGAGCAGAAUCGUAAUGAGCUCAUCCAGCAGAGUCGGGUGCUGUGGGGGAUGAUUGCAGAGCUGGAAGAGAGGUCUCAGAGGCCUGUCCGCUGGAUGCUGCAGGGUAUUCAGGAAAUCUUAAACAGGAGCAAGUCUUGGAGCCUACAGCGACCAGAACCAGUCUCCCUUGAGCUAAAGACAGAUUGCCGCGUGCCGGGGCUAAGAGAGAUUUUGAAGACAUACGCAGCUGAUGUGCGCCUGGAUCCAGACACUGCUUAUUCCCGUCUCAUUGUGUCUGAGGACAGAAAAUGCGUGCGUUAUGGAGAUACCAAGCAGAAACUGCCCGACAAUCCUGAGAGAUUCUACCGCUACAAUAUCGUCCUGGGCAGCCAGUGCAUCUCCUCAGGCCGGCACUACUGGGAGGUGGAAGUGGGAGACAGGUCAGAAUGGGGCCUGGGAGUGUGCAAGGAAAAUGUAGACCGGAAGGAGGUGGUCUAUUUAUCCCCCCACUAUGGAUUCUGGGUGAUAAGGCUGCGGAAGGGAAAUGAGUACCGAGCAGGCACUGAUGAAUACCCGCUCCUGUCCUUGCUGGUCCCUCCCCGCCGGGUGGGGAUCUUCCUGGAUUAUGAGGCCCAUGAUAUCUCUUUCUAUAAUGUGACUGACAAUGGCUCCCACAUUUUCACUUUCCCCCACUAUCCCUUCCCUGGGCGUCUCCUGCCCUACUUUAGUCCUUGCUAUAGCAUUGGAGCUAACAACACGGCUCCUCUGACCAUCUGCUCCCUGGAUGAGGAGGACUAACUGAGCCACCAUCCUAGCCAGAGGCCUUGGAGUUUUGCCUGGCCCACAGGGGUCUUGGUGAACCUGGCCUCUGACACAGAUGCCCUUGAACUUAGCUGAGCCUAGGAUCCAGGGAGUCCUUUGCCUGGCUCAGUGGUCUGUUGCUACUUGGCCAAAGUCACUCAUCUGAAAAAGUUGAGGCUCAGUCAAAUGAGCAUGACACCCCCGUGAGGGAAGUAUGACAGGGCUGAGGGUGAGGAUCAGAGCAGUUGUAAGAUAACCUGUUGGUGUUAAGAGUCAGGACUUUGUCCUGUCUGUAGCUCAUGCUCUUCUUCCCUGGUCCUCAUUGGUGCCAUAAUUAAGUCAGCGAGGGUUAUGAAGUAGAUCCAGCCUUCAGGAAACCUUUUGUGUGGGGUUUACCAAAAAGCCAAAAGAUAAUUGUCCGUAUCCAGAGCCAUAUCCAGAGCUGGUUGCUGUGCUAAUACCAGUAGAGGAUGCUUUGCCUGAGGUUUGCUGCUACUGAGCAACCCAUAUCUGACCCCAGCUCUCUGACCUCCUAACUAGAGAAAUGCAUUGCGACACUGCCCAGGCCACGCCUCUCUGAGCAUAAGCUGGGAAAAUCACUGUAUCUCAGACUCUAAGGAGAGGUAGGUCCUGGUCCUGCCCUUUUCUCUGACUCUCAGGAUCAGAAAACCUGUGAGCCUUGUUUUUACUUUCACUUUAUGGAUGGAGAAACUGAAAUGGCCUUAAUGCAGCAAGUAACUUCUCACAAAACUGUUGAAAGAAGAUUGUAAAGAUUAUAAAGUAUCUCUCACAUUCGAAUGAAACAAGAUUGACAAACUCACUUCUGAGGUCACAUGCCUGCAUAUCAUUCAUUACAUCUGGAUCUGAAACAUCCCACAUGUCUGAAAGAUUGUAAGUGUCCUCAAUGGGAAAAUGGGUAUAGUAAUUGCAUACUCUCCUACCUCACAGGAUUGUUGUGACGAUCUCCGAUCCAUCCUAUACUUUUGUUCCUUUCUCAGGGACAGAGGAAGGCAAGCCACAGAUUCCGCCUGUAGUAGCCUUCCUGCCUCACCUUCUUAACAGCCAGCAUCUUUACAGCAGUGUGUUUGUUCCUUAAACUGUCUCCUGACAAUCUCAGCCCGUUAGACAGAAAGGUGCCCAUGCCAGUGCCAGACUCUGGGCCACAGUAAUAUGUUGUGCAUCUAUUAUGUGUUUGUAUUUGGAUUAUAAUGGGGACUGUGACAUCAGGGUACAGAAUGGAAAUAAUGAAAAGAAAAAUGCAAAACACGUACACUAGAAAGAAGGCUCAGCCACAAGCUAGUUGGGCUAAAGUUUGGAUCUUUUUCUGUCACCAGUGGAAUCUUCAUGGCUCUGGUAACUACAUAAUAUUAUGCCUUUCUCUUCUCUAAAUCUAUGACAGAAGGAGAAAAGUAGGAGGUAAGCGUGGGAGAAAAAAUAGGAUGAGGCACAAAAAGCCAGCUCUGGAGCCAUAAGUUAUAAUGAAAGGGAAUUGAAACUAUAUGUCUGGGCUGUCGACCUUAGCGUGAUGUGUGUGGCAAAAAUAGCUCAUUAUGGGGCUUAGGAAUAUGAUGUGGGAAUGCUUGUGCCUGGAAACCAACUGCAAGGCAAAUGUGUAGAAACUAUUGACCCUGCCUAUAGCAAGGGACCAUGAUGUAUACAUCACAUGUUGUUGCCAUGAUGCUGUAGAAGUCAAUGUCUGAUAUAGUUUAAGUUUGAAGGAAUUGACUGUUGAGUCAGGAUUGGGCAGCAAAGUAGACAGCAGGUCAGGUAUAGGCAGAAGUAAAGUAAUUCCUGUAAUAAAGAGUAGCAGAAAUUGUCUUUGUACUUUCAUUUUAUUGGGUGCUCAUGUGUGGAGGAGGUAAAACAGGCUAAAAUGGAGAAAUAAACUCAUAUUCUGCCCACCAUGCUUCCAAGUCACUCCUCAAGCAUUAGCAGAAGGGGAGAAGUUUCCAUUCUCUGCUUGGAGAGGAAUGAACUAGUAAGUCACAGACCUGGUCUUGGCAAAGGGUUGAGCAGACCUCGUUAAAGAGACCAUGUCUUUGUAUAGGAGGAAUCCCUGGGGAAUUGUUUAUAGACUUGAGAAAUAGAUUUUUAGAAAGUGCUUCCAGUAACAUCCAUGGAUACUUAGCAUAAGAGGAUAGGAACCAAACCAGUGCUGUUCUUUUACUAUGGUUUUAUUAGGACAAACCCUGGAAGUCUCUUAGAAAAAGGAUUAUUAGGAGGUAAAUUCAUUCAAACCUAGAGUGAAUUAAGUAAUGGAAUGGCUUCAUUGGUAACACGCUGUUUUAGGUAGGGUUUUGUUUUUGGUUUUGUUUUUUGUUUUGUUUUUUUUUUGGUUACUUGUCAGAAGUACAAGGUUAGAUACAUUGUUUAUUUCAUACUGUCUGAUUUUUAAGACCAAGCAAGAAUAUUGAAGUUCUUAAGUGUAUGAAACCCUUUCAUCUAGGGCUGUUGCUUACUUCCUUUCUAAGAACCCUGUGAAGACCAGAACCUUGUUUGUCUAGUUCACCAUUACAGCCCAGUCUUGGCACCAUGUGUGGGUGUGUGAGUGUGUAAAUACUUAAGUGAGGGUACUUUCAUUCAUAUGCCUAGAAUCAAAACACAAAUAUAAAAAUAAGCUCUUCUUAUUUCAUAGGGGUAUGAACAACUAGAUGGUACUUAACUAUAAUUCUGUUAAAAAAAAAAUAAUUCAGGGGUGCCUGGGUGGCUCAGUCGGUUGAGCGGCCGACUUCGGCUCAGGUCAUGAUCUCGUGGUCCGUGAGUUCGAGUCCCGCGUCGAGCUCUGUGCUGACAGCUCAGAGCCUGGAGCCUGUUUCGGAUUCUGUGUCUCCCUCUCUCUGACCCUCCCCUGUUCAUGCUCUGUCUCUCUCUGUCUCAAAAAUAAUAAAUAAACGUUAAAAAAUAUUUAAAAAAAAAUAAUUCAAAAAUAGUUACAAAAGGGGUCCAGAGGGAAGAAGCAGGUGGCCACACUGAGCAUAGAUUGCCUGUACCACUCUCCUCCAGCUUUGUGAGAUGAUUCACUACAAGACAGGGAUGAGCUUUGCCCACCCUUAUUUUACUAGCAGAGAAACCAAGGAGUGCAAUGCCUGAGCCUUGAGGCAAAAGGCUAUUAAUGGGGAAAAUAGGUAGGUCCUGCAUAGAGACAGGGAAAAUCCUUGGACUCCCUACAGGAAAUUCAAUCUCCCGUUUUUCAAACAGGAAUGGUUUUUUUUUGGGUUUUUUUUGUUUGUUUUUUUUUUUGUUUUUUUAAUUUACAUCCAAGUUAGUUAGCAUAUAGUGCAACAAUGAUUUCAGGAGUAGAUUCCUUAAUGCCCCUUACCCAUUUAGCCCAUGCCCUUCCCACAACCCCUCCAGUAACCCUCUGCUUGUUCUCCAUAUUUAAGAGUCUCUUAUGUUUUGUCCCACUCCAUUUUUAUAUUAUUUUUGCUUCCCUUCCCUUAUGUUCAUCUGUUUUGUAUCUUAAAGUCCUCAUAUGAGUGAAGUCAUAUGGUAUUUGUCUUUCUCUGAGUAAUUUUGCUUAGAGUAAUACCCUCUAGUUCCAUCCAUGUAGUUGCAAAUUGCAGGGUUCAUUCUUUUUGAUUGCCAAGUAAUACUCCUGUGUGUGUGUGUGUGUGUGUGUGUGUGUGUGUGUGUGUGUAUCACAUCUUCACUCAUCCAUCGAUGGAUAUCUGGGCUCUUUCCAUACUUCAUCUAUUGUUGAUAGUGCUGCUAUAAACAUUGGGGUUCAUGUGCCCCUUCAAAACAGCAUACCUGUAUCCCUUGGAUAAAUACCUAGUAGUGCAAUUGCUGGGUCAUAGGGUAGUUUUAUUUUUAAUUUUCUCAGGAACCUCCAUCCUGUUUUCCAGAGUGGCUGCACCAGUUUGCAUUCCCACCAGCAGUGCAAAAGAGAUCCUCUUUCUCCACAUCCUUGCCAACAUUUGUUGUUGCCUGAGUUGUUAUUGUUAGCCAUUCUGAGAGGUGUGAGGUGGUAUAUCAUUGUGAUUUUGAUUUGUAUUUCCCUGAUGAUGAGUGAUAUUAAGCAUUUUUUCAUGUGUCGGUUGGCCAUCUGGAUGUCUUCUUUGGAGAAGUGUCUAUUCAUUUCUUUUGCCCAUUUCUUCACUGGAUUAUUUGUUUUUCAGGUGUAGAGUUUGAUAAGUUCUUUAUAGAUUUUGGAUACUAAUCCUUUAUCUGAUAUGUCAUUUGCAAAUAUCUUCUCCCAUUCCGUCAGUUGCCUUUUAGUUUUGCUGAUCGUUUCCUUUGCUGUACAGAAAGAAGCUUUUUAUUUUGAGGAGGUCCCAGUAUUUCAUUUUUGCUUUUGUUUCCCUUGCCUCUGGUGAUGUGUUGAGUAAGAAGUUACUGCGGCCAAGAUCAAAGAGGUUUUUGCCUGCUUUCUCCUCAAGGAUUUUGAUGGCUUCCUGUCUUACAUUUAGGUCUUUCAUCCAUUUUGAGUUUAUUUUUGUGUAUGGUGUAAGAAAGUGGUCCAGGUUCAUUCUUCUGCAUGUCACUAUCCAGUCUUCCCAGCACCACUUGUGGAAGAGACUGUCUUUAUUCCAUUAGACAGUCUUUCCUGCUUUGUCAAAGAUUAGUUGAGCAUACAUUUAUGGGUCAAUUUCUGGAUUUUGUAUUCUGUUCCAUUGAUCUGAGUGUCUGUUUUUGUGCCAGUACCAUGCUGUCUUGAUGAUUACAGCUUUGUAAUACAACUUGAAGUCGAGGAUUGUGAUGCCUCCUGCUGUGGUGUCAUAGACUCUAAGUCUAAAGUUCUCUUUUGGCCAGCAAAAGAGCAGAUGCAGGAUUAAAGUGAGAGAUGGCUAAUGUCCGGGAAAAGACAAGAGUACUGAAUAAGGGUCCUUGCCCUGUAUUUAUUCAGAUCAGAAGGCUUACAAACAUGAUGGGGGGGUGCACAAAGAGACAAAGAAACGUAAACAUUAACUUGGGGAUGUGAGGGGGAAAAAGGGGAUUUUGAAGAUAUACAGUGUCUGGGGUUAGGGUCAACACAAAACAAAAUCCUGGUGCAGGGCAGAUUGGUAGAUGGUUGUUAACGGCUGACAGGAGGUGCCCAGGAGGCACCGUGCCUGUUUAUCUUUGCUAGCCUAGGGGAUGAGACAGAUAGGGUGAAUAACUUCAGGGUUAACAAGACACCUUUUCUUUUGUUAACCAUCUCUGCUGUGUGCUGCUUUGCCUGCAGCGCAGUGGUCCAUAGUCCCGUUCACCAAUUGACCUAACCUGGCCCUAUCCUCCUGUGAAAGCAGCUUUCUGCUAUAGUACUAAAUUUGGGGUGCUUUCACCCUGAAUAUCUAGUCUUGUUAUUCCUAUUAUUGGGCACCUUUGCAUUGUUUCUAUUUCAGGCCUUUGUCUCUCCCUCUCUAUUUUGGGGGCUCUGUACCCCCUCUCUAUUUUGGGGUGCCUUUGCAUCUCCCUAUUCCUGGCACCUCUGUGAUUCCCUAUUCUUGGGGUAUCUUUUUACCCCCUAUUCUUGGAGUGCCAAUCUGAUUUACCCAAACUUGGGUGUGAGCAUUUUAUAACUUUGUAUUUCUUUAUGCUUUGUUAAGCCAUUGGUGUUAGCCCGGGGGAUUCCUAAGCUUAUCCCCCACACUUUGGUUUUCUUUCUCAAGAUUUCUUUGGCUAUUUGGGGUCUUUUCUGGUUCCAUACAAAUUUUAGAAUUGUUUGUUCUAGCUCUGUGAAGAAUGCUGGUGUUAUUUUGAUAGGUAUUGUAUUGAAUAUGUAGAUUGCUUUGGGUAGUAUUGACAUUUUAACAAUAUUUGUUCUUCCUAUCCAGGAGCAUGGAAUAUUUUUCCAUUUCUUGGUAUCUUCUUCAAUUUCUUUCAUAAGCUUUCUAUAGUUUUCAGUAUCUAAAUUUUCCACCUCUUUCAUUAGAUUUACUCCUAGGUAUUUCAUGGGUUUUGGUGCAAUUGUAAAUGCGAUCGAUUCCUUGAUUUCUCUUUCUGUGGUUUCAUGAUUGGUGUAUAGGAAUGCAACCAAUUUCUGUACAUUGAUUUUAUAUCCUGCCACUUUGCUGAAUUCAUGGAUCAGUUCUAGCAGUUUUUUGGUGGAGUCUUUUGGGUUUCCCAUAUAGAGUAUCAUGUCAUCUGUGAAGAGUGAAAGUUUGGCUGCCUCCUGGCCAAUUUGGAUGCCUUUUAUUUCUUUGUGUUGUAUGAUCGCUGAGGCUAAGACUUCCAAUACUAUAUUGAAUAACAGUGGCGAGAGUGGACAUCCCUGUCUUGUUCCUGACUUUAGGGGGAAAGUUCUCAGUUUUUCCCAUUGAGGAUGAUAUUAGUGUUGGGUGUUUCAUAUAUGGCUUUUAUGGUCUCGAGGUAUGACCCUUCUAUUCCUACUUUCUUGAGGGUUUUUAUCAAGAAAGGAUGCUGUAUUUUGUCAAAUGCUUUCUCUGCAUGUAUUGACAGGAUCCUGUGGUUUUUGUCCUUUCUUUUAUUGAUGUGAUGAAUCACAUUGAUUGUUUUGUGGAUAUUGAACCAGCCCUGCAUCCCAGGUAUAAAUCCCACUUGGUUGUGGUGAAUAAUUUUUUUAAUGUAUUGUUGGAUAUGGUUGGCUAAUAUCUUGUUGAGGAUUUUUGCAUCCAUGUUCAUCAGAGAAAUUCGUCUAUAGUUCUCCUUUUUAGUGGGCUCUUUGUCUGGUUUUGGAAUCAAGGUAGUACUGGCUUCAUAGAAAGAGUUUGGAAGUUUUUCUUCCAUUUCUAUUUUUUAGAACAGCUUCAAGAGAAUAGGUGUUAACUCUUUCUUAAUUGUUUGGAAGAAUUCCCCGGGAAAGCCAUCUGGCCCUGUACUCUUGGUUUUUGGGAGAUUUUUGAUUAGUAAUUCGAUUUGUUUACUGGUUAUGGGUCUAUUCAAAUAGGAUUUAUUUUUUUUAAGUUUAUUUGUUUUGAGAGUAACAGAGAUCAUGUGAGUGGGGGAGGGGCAAAGAGAGGGGGAGGGGCAAGGGAGAGAGAAUCCCAAGCAGGCCCCACACUGUCACUGCAGAGCCUGAUGUGGAGCUUGAACUCACGAAACCAUGAGAUCAUGACCUGAGCCAAAACCAAGAGUAGGACGCUUAACUGACUGAACCAACCAGGUGCCCCAAGCAGGAUUGAUUUUAAUCUCUUAAUAUCCAAACACUGAGAGUCUGUGUAGGUUCCAGGCACUAGUUAAAUGGCAUACAUUGCUUGGUGUGAGAGGGCUGAGGUUAUAUCUGAUAUAUCUGGAGAAGCACAAGAUUUUCUGUUUUGGGGUAGCCAUGGUAGGAACUAGUCCAAUUUGAAAGUAUGUAAUUCAAUAUCUGAGGGCUAACAGUGGGUCCCAGCUAGUUUCAAGGAAUACCAAUGUGAAUGAAACAUAAAGUAGGGCAGACUUCUGUGGGAAAUGCUGAGAAGAAAUUUCUGUUUUGAGUGCAGGCUAGACUAUACCUUUGUCACUUUACAUCAGAUUCUUUAAUACAUCUAAUAUUCUUGUAUUUGAUGAACAUAGUCAAUUCUUUGGGUUGCUUAUAAGGAAAGAAUAGUGUGACAUUUUAAAAUGGAAAUCUUAUCAAAUGCAUUUAACUACUUCAUGAUCUUGAUUUGUUUUUAUGUUAAGUAUUGUAAGAAGGGUUCCUUUUUCCUACUCUUUGGGAACUCAGUGCAUCAUUAUCAGGUUUUUAGAAGCUGAUUCCUACUUCACUGGUGUUCUGAAAUAGAAUACAUUCUAGGUAGGGAAAUAAUUUCAGUGCUUGCCAAAGGUGUGGAUGCUAAGUUGUUAAGCAGAUUGUUUGGAACAGUUAUCACAUGAGUACUGACCUACAUGGGAAUACAGUUUCAAUAGUGCCUAGACCUACCCCUUAAAACUAUAGAAUUAGAAAUUUGGGGCAUAUAUUUUUUAAGUAGAGACAGUAUAUCAGAUGUUAUGUUAUGCACUCUCUAUUCAUUAUUUUCUUUAAUCUUUAGUGCCCUCUAUGAAUUAGCAUUGUAUAUCCUCCAUCAGUAGCAAGGAAAUAUUAAGACUCAGAUAUAAUAACUUGUUGUAACACUAUUGGAAAUUAUCUUUUAUUAAGAUAGAUUUUCACAUGUACCAGAGUCAAAUAUAUGUGUCUUUUACAUGUGAAACCUUCUUUUAACAUAUACUGCUUAUUCAAUUUAAGACUCUCAGAAAGUUAAAAAUAAAAACAAAACCCAAACAGCAACAUCUGCUGACCUGGAAAAGAAUAGUCACAUUUCAGCAUCAUUAUUGAUAUUGUUUUCUAUUAACCUCCUCAUCCCAGAGCACACUUCUAUGGUGGUGUCCAAACGAAGAAAGACCUAUGUUACAUUUGAUCCUUUUCUUUUAUGCCUUACAGUUCAGUUAAACAGAACAGGACUGGGAAGCAAAGAGGAAGAUACCCACAACCAGACUCAUUUUGCCUUAAUUUCUGCUGUUUAAAAGCAAAAGCCUGGUUAUUAGUACACUGACUCCAACUAGCUUCACAAUAGGAGAGAAAUUAAAAGGAUAUAGAGGUAUCUUAUAAAACUUAGUAACAGAUGUGCCUGGGUGUCCAAAAUUAAUUGGAAUCUGAGAACCAGAGACUUGGUUUCUUCAUCCCAUCUUGCUAAUUUGAUAUCUUUCUGUGGUACAGAUUUCUCUUUCCAAGUUCACGUGUUAGAAAAUGACCACGAUCAGUGAUCCCAAGUUUAUUAUCUCCUCAGAUAAACUGGGAUCCAGUUUGACUAGAGAAUUACUCUGGUUGAGUUAUAUGCACAUGACCCAAGUGGAGCAGAUUCAUCAAUGGGCCAGAAGGCAGGGUUAUAUAUUAACAGUUUCUUUCAUAAUAAUCACAUGAGAAAUGAACAAUUCUGAGAAAAUCAGCCAGGUAUGGGAGGACUAAACUGUUGGUUUCUGUCUGCAGGGAUAUUUUUAGGAUACUAAGUUGAACAUAAGGGUCAGAAGCAAGGAAAGAAAAACCCCAAAUCUGUAUUCUCUGCCCAGACUUAUCUCUUAUACAGAUACUAGUUGAUUGAAACCAUUAAAGAUGUUGUCAUAAAAUUGAUCAUUCCGUACACAUUCUUACUAGAAACUGGAAAAUUAGGCAAGAAUACCUUUUACAGCUUCAUCUUAGAACUCCUUCUGGUGCUAGGCAAACCAAACCAGCUCCACAAAUUUCUAAGGUAUCCUUGAAUGCUUGAUCUUGAGUCAUCUUGAUUGCUCAAGAUCUGAAUGGAAUUUGUGUUUAUGAACCCAGUUUGGAGAGGUCAAAGAGGCAGUGUGUCAGCAAGCUCCAUAUUCGCUUCCGCAUUUGUUUGGUCCUCAGGCCAUAAAUGAUGGGGUUAAAGGUAGGUGGGAUGAUCAAAUACAAAUCAGCUAACAGUACUUGGGUGUACAGAGGCACUGUAUCCUUCCCUAGCCAGGCCACAUAGAUGGAUGCCAUCCCAGGUAGGUAGUACAGAGCCAUAACCCCCAUGUGGGAGCCACAUGUGCUUAAUGCUUUCAAUUGAGCAUUCUUUGAAGAGAGACCACAUACUGCCUGGAGAAUCAGGUUAUAGGAGGCAGAAAUGAAGGCCACGUCAGAGCCCACAAUAAUGGAGGAGCCAAUCACACUGUAGAGACUACUGGGCAUGGGGUCAGCACAUGCCAACUUGGCCACGGCUAUGUGCUCACAGUAGGAAUGGAGAACCACAUUGGAGCCACAGAAAGGCAGAUGACUUACCAUCCAACUCAGUGGAGUCAUGAAUAUGACAGCCCUGAUGGUGAUGGCCACACUCAUUACCAGCAUCAGUUGAGGUGUGAGAAUCCUCUUGUAGUGCAGGGGCUUACAGAUGGCUAUAUAGCAGUCAAAAGCCAUGGCCAGCAAUAGCCCUGUCUCCACAGAUGUGGCUACAUGGACAAAAUACAUCUGAGUGAAACAACCAUUAAAGCUGAUGGAGCCAUCUCCUGAAGAGAAGAUACUCACCAUCUUUGGUACCACAGAGGAGGCCAUAACAAUAUCCACAGCAGCCAGUACAUACAGGAAGCAAUACAUGGGCUCUUGUAGAGUGAAAUCCAUCCAGAUUACGGUCAUGAUGAGGGUGUUUCCUAACAGGGAUAUGGUAUACAUGGCACCCAGUGAAAUAGCCAGCCAAAGAUGGGAAGAUGGCAAACCUGGGAUACCCACAAGGAAGAAGGUGGCAGGAGUUUCCACUGUGUGGUUAUAGGGUAUCCCCAGCAUCACAGAUGAGACUGCUUUCCUGUUAAUACAUAAAAUGAUGUAAGAAAUGGAUGCAAUCCUAUAAGACUUGCUCCCAGCUGUAUAGUGCUAGGAGCAACUAGUGGUAUUUUCAGCUGGACUUUUCAGCUGAACUGACUGGCUGGACUGGCAUUUUCAGUGGGAUUUUCAGUGGACUACUGGAUCAGAAAACUGACUUCUGACCAGUUUAUCCUGCUCCACCUUCCAUCUCCCUCAGUAUUCUUUGCCUUGCUAAUUUCUGUUUAUUCAAAUAUCAGCCCAUGGCCCCUUCUCCAUCUCACACAGAGGCUAAAUUAGGUACCUUUUUCUGAACUUUCCUGGAAUCUCCCAUGUUGACCUCUGAGGGAUCUAAACCAUUCUCAUACUCUACCUAUGAUGUCAUUGUAUUGAAUCAACUGUGUCUUGUUGAUGGCCUUAUACCAAGUGUGUGGCCCAUUGCUAUGGUGCCACAAGCAUAUUAAAAAAGAUAACAUGUACUCAUAGCAAACAGUUUCCAAAGAAUGAGGAAGAAAAUGGAGGAAAGAGUUUGUCUUCUAUCUUUGUAUGUUCAGUUCAUGAUACUUAAUAAUUAUUGAAUGAAACAAUGAACUUCUUAAGACUCAACAUGUCAUAUUUUAUAUCUUCAGUAUAGUGCUUUGACAGUAGAUGAAUGAAGCAUCCUUCUUGUUGAACAAAUAGAUUGAUGAGUUCAGGAAAAGAAGGUCAUCAGAGAGUAACAUUACCACUUUCCAUAGAAGAUGAUAAACUGUCUGGAAAUAUUUGUGAUCCCUACCUUCCCUAAUUUUCAGCAUGCAUUUUCUGUUGAGCUGGUUUCAAUUAGUAGAUUAAGUAGCUGCAGACAAAACUUAAGGGCUCCUUCAUAGAUGACCCCCAAUAGGUUUUUGUAAUUCUCCAAUUCAUAUAACUCCCUCUUCAUGUUAAACCACCAAGACAUUCCAAAUAACAAGCUUUAUCCUUUAGAAAGGAAAACACUUCCUAAUGUACAUAGUAUGUACCAGUACUAACUUGAAAAAUCUAGUAUUCAUAAUCUGAGUGUAUUUGUCCAUUUGUAAAAUAGAAAAAACAUCUAUUCCAUAUAAGACAGUUAAUACAGUUAAAAUGAGAUUAAAUAUUUUGUCCAAGAUCAUACAGCAAGCAGGUGGUAAAUUUGAAAAUCAAGUCCAUGUCAUUCCAGCUCCUGUUAACACCUGUGACUCCCAGGUGUGUGUGUCGUAUUAGGGGCCAGGUAUUAUACAUAUACUUGAUAUAAUGGUAUUAGAUAUAGAUAUAGAUAUAGAUAUAGAUAUAGAUAUAGAUAUAGAUGAUAUAUCUAUCUAUAGAUAUAUCAGGGACCUCCCUCAGCCAGUUUUUGUCAGAGUUACUACUUUGCACAUCCAUGAGCUUAUCUAUUUCUGCUUAUUGUUCUAUUUAACCUCAGUCUACCACACUCUAGUGUUACCAUAUCAAUUAAUGUGUAGGAAUCUGGUUAGGUAAAACUUAGUAUAGAGAGUCACCCUCAGUAUAAGGAGCCAUCAUUAACCACCAUUCCAUUCCUUUAUAAUGUCCUUUAGUUACUUUCCCCUUCAUAUAGAUGGUUUCCAUGAUUUCAGUUCAUGUUUGGGCAUGUGUACAUUCCUCCAACCAUUUAAGAACACUCCUUACAAGGGUCUCUUAUUCCUCUGUUGGUAUCACUCAGUCUUGAGAGACACCUGUUGAGCUUUUUCAAGGAAUCCCUAGUUUCUCUUUCCUUAGAAUACAGCAUAUAAAUCCUGCAUGCUUCUUUGUACUCCACUCAGAAUGUGCUGUUGGUCCUACAACAUCAAGAGACAAGAUCGCAAAGUGACUAAAAGGCAUUGGUACGAGGUACAUACUACCUAGACUGAAAAUUCUACUCUUGCACCUGAUAGCUGUUUUGCCUUGGUUAAGUAUUUAAAAUUUCCAAGGAAAGAGGGUAAUAAUCCUUAAUUCAUAGAGAUCUUUUGGGAUUUAAAUGAGAAGCUGUGCAAAAGUGCUUAGCACAAUUCAUGGUACAUAGUUGCUCAGUAAAACACUGGUAAUAAAAAAAAAUUAGACUUUUCCCUGUUUUAUUCUUUUAGUUCUAGAUUGCUCAGAAUAGCAUGGUCAAAAGGAUAAGUGGGACUUAGAGACCAAGUUAAAAAAAAAAUGUCUUAUAAUGGAACAGAUUGAAUAAAAUAGCUCUGUUUCAUGGUCAGAGUAAAAUAACUUUGCUGUGUAUAGCCAGUGGGUGAGACAUCUUCAGUGAUAGCAAUGAGAAGACAAUGGAAAUCUUUUUGAAGUAAAAUGGUUGUAAAGGGUGGAAAAAAUAUUCAGCACAUCCUUAAGACUGUCAUGUGUUUUCUGGAUGCUACAGAUCCCCAAUGUUUAUAGCAGCACUUUCAACAAUAGCCAAAUUAUGGAAAGAGCCUAAAUGUCCAUCAACUGAUGAAUGGAUAAAGAAAUUGUGGUUUAUAUACACAAUGGAAUACUACGUGGCAAUGAGAAAGAAUGAAAUAUGGCCUUUUGUAGCAACGUGGAUGGAACUGGAGAGUGUUAUGCUAAGGGAAAUAAGUCAGGCAGAGAAAGACAGCUACCAUAUGUUUUCACUCUUAUGUGGAUCCUGAGAAACUUAACAGAAGGCCAUGGGGGAGAGGAGAGGAAAAAAAGAGAGGGAGGGAGGCAAACCAUAAGAGAUUCUUAAAGACUGAGAAUAAACUGAGGGUUGAUGGGGGGUGGGAGGGAGGGGAAAGUGUGUGAUGGGCAUUGAGGAGGGCACCUGUUGGGAGGAGCACUGGGUUUUGUAUGCAAACCAAUUUGACAAUAAAUUUCAUAUUUAAAAAAAAAAAAAGAA